GGUGUCAGUGCGGCUCGGAAAUUUAUCAGUUAUUUAUUUUUUAGAUGUUUUAAGAUAUUUUAAAGGAUGGAAGAAGACGGGGACAGUCUUUUAAUCGAAGACAAUUAUUACCAAUUAUUAAAUGUAUCUAAAACGGCAACUCCAGAAGAAAUAAAUAGUGCUUACAGAAGAUGUUCGCGCAUGUUCCACCCUGAUAAACAUAGCACUGAUCCCAAUAAACAAAAAUGGGCUGAACAAAUAUUUAAUAAAGUCAAGGAAGCGUAUGAAGUUCUUUCUGACUCUCACAAGAGAGCAAUUUAUGAUACAUUAGGUAAGAGAGGUUUGGAAGUAGAUGGAUGGGAAGUUAUAUUUCGUACUAGAACUCCUAGGGAAAUUAGGGAAGAAUAUGAAAGGCUUAAACGUGAAAGAGAAGAAAGGAGGCUACAGCAAAGUGCAAAUCCCCGAGGCACAAUAACAAUGUCCAUAAAUGCUACAGAUAUGUUUACAAAAUAUUAUGAUGAGGAUGAACCAUCAAUUAUACCGAGCAUUGAAGUGUCUGGAAUGACUAUCCAGCAAUCUAUAGAUGCACCAGUGACUCUUAGAAAUACUGUCACCUUAUCAGGCAAUAUAUCUACCCAAAAUGGUAUAGGAACUGGUUCUGUGAAUAUAUCAAACCGCCACUUAAGCUCCGAGAGAGGAUGGACAGAAUUCGAGUGUGGGAUCGGCAACGGCCCAGUGUUGGGAUUUAAAAUAUUCCGCACCAUAUCCAGACUUAUGUUUGUGAACUGUGGCACCGGUCUACAGUUCACACCGCGUGGAAUUGUACCUAGUCUAGUAUCAACCAUGGCUUUACAAUUAGAUGCACAUUCAGUGGGUUACCUCACAUACAGAGUGGGUGGUCAAGGAGGAUCAUCAAUGACUUCUACAUAUGUACGAGACUCGGAAAAAUAUCAUUUGAAUGCAGCUGUUCAAAUUGGAAAUCCACACUCUUUCAUAUCUCUCAAUAUUAUGCAGAAGUUACCCCAACAUGACUUGAAAUUGAGGCUGGCCUUGAAGUUCGGAACGUUCGGAGCGAUAGCGGAGUAUGGGGCGGAGAAGAAAGUGUCGCAGAAUAGCAGCGUGUCCGCCGCUGUGAUGCUCGGUGUGCCUAGCGGGGUCAUGCUCAAACUUAAGUGGUCAUGCGCUUCCCAAACAAUAGUGGUGCCAAUACACUUGUGCGAGGAAGUGAUUCCGGCGCCGGUGUUCUACGCGACUGUAGUGCCCGUUGUAUCUUGGCUGAUGCUGAAGAAGCUCAUCCUGGAUCCCAUUACGAGGGAAAAACAGGAGAGGGACAGGCAGAGAUCCUUGGAGGCUAACUUUGAAAGGUUGCAAGAGAUGCAAAGACAAGCCAGGGCGACGGUAGAACUGAUGAGAGAGACAUAUUCGAGAAAUCGAGGCGAUGAAGAAAAGAAAAAGGGUCUUGUUAUUAUUAAAGCUUUGUAUGGAAAAUUGCCUUCAGGUGCUUCACAACACGAGACGGGUGAGGAAGGGAUAGGUGAUGGAGCCGCUGAGUCUCCAAGCGCAUACAGUGAAGUGAUCGACGUUACAAUACCGCUGCAGUGUUUGGUCAAGGACUCGCGGCUCGAACUACUCGAAGCUAGCAAGUCUGAGCUGGCCGGCUUUUACGACCCCUGCGUGGGCGAAGAGAAGCACCUCACCGUGCGGUAUAUGUUCCACAACAACUUGCACCUUUGCACCGUUAGCGACAAACAGGCGCUCGUAUUGCCAAGUCAUUCGUUUCGAAUAAAAAAUAGAUCCUGAUUACAUCGGCGCGCCCACAACAGCUACCGCAAGCUGUCCACGGCGCAACAGAGCUCUGCGUGUUUGAAUCCACGCAAUGCCUCUGAAUAAAUCAAUUAAAAUAAUACCCAAGCUACGGUAAAAUUUGCGAAAAAUGACGCUAAAAAACAAUCGGUCAAUAGUAAAGCGUUUUUCGUCUACGUCAUUUCGAUUGGCUAGAAUUCCGCGAAUGUAGCGGACGCUCUUACUACUGGGGCCGAUGUCGUGACGGAUUUAAAAUAAGUCAAUUGAGUGUAUUAAAAUUAAAAAUGUAUCACGUAUAUUUUGUAAAUUAUUCCAUUAUAAGAAUUAAGAUGGUUCGGGAAUUAUGAACAUACAGGGAAAUAGUAUGUUGGUUUCAAUUGCUGGCCCAAAUAAAAUAACCUUCACUUCCUGUAUGUAAUUUUGACACGAAAUAAAGUUAUUAUUUACUGUUUUUUUGAUUUUAUAUUGAGACGAUAAAUUAUAUGUUGUUUGCGAAUACUUCAGACUUGUCCCUGUAUUUAUUUUUCCUUUGUAUUCUACUUUUCUUUUUAAUAUUUAUUUUGUUAUUCUGAUAUAUUAUCUACACUUUGAUGUGUUUAAAGAGUCAGGAAAAUCGCAAUUCUCUAAAUUAUUAUAAUUUUAUUAACUUCGUAAAAAAUAUUUUGUUUAUAUUAUUUAUAUUUGACUGUCUCUCUGUUUAUCAUGAGAACAUAAUAAGUCACAGUUAAAUUAGGCACAUUCGAAGCAAAUAUUCUCUUCCAUCAGGCGGGGCGGAUUUGAUACGUAAAAUGCGAUAAAAACAAUAGCCAGUGUCACGAAUGUAAGUGAUUUAAUUAAUUAAUUCAGUGCAUUUCAGAUACUGAUUCUUACCAUUUAUAUUUGUAAGUAACAAUUAAUCGUUAUCCACAAACUUUCUGAGCAGCGAGUUUGUUUAGCAAAUCAACACAAUCUAAUAACCAUAACAACUGUGAUGCGAUGCAGACGAUAGCUAGAGCGUUCAACCUGUCCUCGUUCAUUUUCCAAAUUUUGCCGCCCCCUAAAUUUUGUCGCCCUAGCACGCCUAAGUACGAAAUCCCUGUCUUUCAUAAAAUACCCGAGCGACAAAUGAAUCCCCUGAGAAGUAGUAGUAGUAGUUCUUUAGCUUCUGAGUAUAUUUUUAUAAACGAACUCUUGCCAAUUAUCAUUAUUAUGUAAUUAAAUCCAUCACGUUAUCGGUUCUCAGAUAGAAAGGCGUAAACAUGACCCACUCUAACACCAAAGGGCAAUAGUAAUUAUGUCGGUAUAACAUUAUGUUUCGAAGAGUCCAGAGAUUUAUUCUAGAAUUCGCUUUAUCCAGACAUUCCAUUGGGACUAAUUACAGAAUAGAAUGGAUGUCGUGAAAUUGAAAAGUAAGCUAAUUUUUGUAUUUUUAAAUCAACAUCUUUUUGUACUUGCGUAAAAAAAUACUUAUGUGAAAUUUUCGUAAAUGGUUAUCGACAAAAUAUUUUCAUGGUAUAAUAACAAUUCUUCUGAUAUAAUUGUGAAUUGAUUUAAAGCAUAUAAAUAAAUAGUAAUUUAAUACUUUUCAUGCUUGUUUAUGAAAGUGAAUUAAAGAUGUAUAGAAUUAUUAGUUCGUGCUAUAAAGAUAUAAAUAUAAUAGUAUAUAUAUUAAAUUAUUUGUUUAUGUUUUUAUAGCACUACUCAUACUUAAAUUAGAAUUGAAGUAUUUAAAUUUUCGUUUAUUUAUUUUAGCUUUU